CUGCGGGAGGCCACUUCACAUCCGCUCUCACCAGAGAGAGAAAUUCGGCUGGAUCCGAAGUGACUAAUGAAGGGAAGGAAAUCAUGUCAGGCGAAGCCUUGAAAAAGCGGCCCUGAGACACUGCCCGACCGAAAGAUGGAGGAGAAUUCUGAAGAUUUGUCUUCUACCUUGACCAAGUUUGUUUCACAAAGGGAAUGUUGGCUCAAUUAAGAAACAUCAGGGAGAUAAAUUCAACCCAGUGUGUCUAAAAAUGACUACAAAACGAAGUUUGUUUGUGCGGUUGGUACCAUGUCGUUGUCUACGAGGAGAAGAGGAGACCGUCACUACUCUUGAUUAUUCUCAUUGCAGUUUGGAACAGGUUCCCAAAGAGAUUUUUACUUUUGAAAAAACUCUGGAGGAGCUCUACUUAGAUGCUAAUCAGAUUGAAGAGCUUCCAAAGCAACUUUUUAACUGUCAAUCUCUACAUAAACUGAGUUUACCAGAUAAUGAUUUAACAACAUUACCAGCAUCUAUUGCAAAUCUCAUUAAUCUCAGGGAACUGGAUGUCAGCAAGAAUGGAAUACAGGAGUUUCCAGAAAAUAUAAAAAAUUGUAAAGUUUUGACAAUUGUGGAGGCCAGUGUAAAUCCUAUUUCCAAGCUUCCUGAUGGAUUUUCUCAGCUGUUAAACCUAACCCAGUUAUAUCUGAAUGACGCUUUCCUUGAGUUCUUGCCAGCUAAUUUUGGCAGAUUAACUAAACUUCAGAUAUUAGAACUUAGAGAAAACCAGUUGAAAAUGUUGCCAAAAACCAUGAAUAGACUGACCCAGCUGGAAAGACUGGAUUUGGGAAGUAAUGAAUUCACAGAAGUGCCUGAAGUACUUGAGCAGCUAAGUGGAUUGAAAGAAUUUUGGAUGGAUGGUAAUAGACUGACUUUUAUUCCAGGGUUUAUCGGUAGCUUGAAACAGCUCACAUAUUUGGAUGUUUCUAAAAAUAAUAUUGAAAUGGUUGAAGAAGGAAUUUCAGCAUGUGAAAACCUUCAAGACCUCCUAUUAUCAAGCAAUUCACUUCAACAACUGCCUGAGACUGUUGGUUCAUUGAAGAAUGUAACAACUCUUAAAAUAGAUGAAAAUCAGUUAAUGUAUCUGCCAGACUCUAUAGGAGGGUUAGUGUCAAUAGAAGAACUGGAUUGUAGCUUCAAUGAACUUGAAGCUUUGCCUUCAUCUAUUGGGCAGCUUACUAAUAUAAGAACGUUUGCUGCAGAUCAUAAUUACUUACAACAGUUACCCCCAGAGAUUGGAAGCUGGAAAAAUAUAACUGUGCUGUUUCUCCAUUCCAAUAAACUUGAGACACUUCCAGAGGAAAUGGGUGAUAUGCAAAAAUUAAAAGUCAUUAAUUUGAGUGACAAUAGAUUAAAAAAUUUGCCCUUUAGCUUUACAAAGCUACAGCAAUUGACUGCUAUGUGGCUCUCAGAUAAUCAGUCCAAACCCCUGAUACCUCUUCAAAAAGAGACUGAUUCAGAGACCCAGAAAAUGGUGCUUACUAACUACAUGUUCCCUCAGCAGCCAAGGACUGAGGAUGUUAUGUUCAUAUCAGAUAAUGAAAGUUUUAAUCCUUCAUUGUGGGAGGAACAGAGAAAACAGCGGGCUCAAGUGGCAUUUGAAUGUGAUGAAGACAAAGAUGAAAGGGAAGCACCUCCUAGAGAGGGAAAUUUAAAGAGAUAUCCAACACCAUACCCAGAUGAGCUUAAGAAUAUGGUUAAAACUGUUCAAACCAUUGUACAUAGAUUAAAAGAUGAAGAGACUAAUGAAGACUCUGGAAAAGAUUUGAAACCACAUGAAGAUCAGCAAGUUAUAAAUAAUGAUGUGGGUGUAAAGACUUCAGAAAGUAUUACUCCAGUAAGAAGCAAAGCUGAUGAAAGAGAAAAGUAUAUGAUAGGAAACUCUAUACCGAAGACCAGUGAACCUGAAGCUGAGGUCAGUCCUGGGAAUCCGCCAGUGACUGCAAAUAUGAAAGCCUCUGAGAACUUGAAGCAUAUUGUUAAUCAUGAUGAUGUUUUUGAGGAAUCUGAAGAACUUUCUUCUGAUGAAGAGAUGAAAAUGGCAGAGAUGCGACCACCAUUAAUUGAAACCUCUAUUAACCAGCCCAAAGUGGUAGCACUUAGUAAUAACAAAAAAGAUGAUACAAAGGAUACAGAUUCUUUAUCAGAUGAAGUUACACACAAUAGCAAUCAGAAUAACAGCAACUGUUCUUCUCCAUCUCGGAUGUCUGAUUCAGUUUCUCUUAAUACUGAUAGUAGUCAAGAUACCUCACUCUGCUCUCCAGUGAAACAAACUCAUAUUGGUAUUAAUUCCAAAAUCAGGCAAGAAGAUGAAAAUUUUAACAGCCUUUUACAAAAUGGAGAUAUUUUAAAUCAUUCAACAGAGGAAAAAACCGAGGUUCCUGAUAAAAAAGAUUUUAACUUACCUGAAUAUGAUUUGAAUAUUGAAGAGCAAUUAGUUCUUAUUGAAAAAGGUGUUGACUCAACAGCCACAUCUAAUGAAUCUCACAAAUUAGACCAUAUCAAUAUGAAUCUUAAUAAACUUGUAACUAAUGAUACAUUUCAACCAGAGAUAGUGGAAAGAUCAAAGACGGAGGACACAGUGCUUGAAACAGGCUUUUUAAGCAAUAAUGCUAAAGGAGAGGCUGAGCACUUGGAUAAUGGAAACAAGUAUCCUACUCUUGAAUGCAUAAAUAAGGUAAAUGGACGUUCUGAGGGAACUCCACAGUCUCCUAGGAGGACUGAACCACAUGACACCAGUUCUUCUGUUGAUGCAGGUCUUUCCAAAAGCACUGAAGAUCUCUCCCCUCAGAGAAGUGGGCCAAUUGGAUCUGUUGUGAAAUCUCAUAGCAUAACUAAUAUGGAGACUGGCGGGCUAAAAAUCUAUGACAUACUUAGUGAUAAUGGACCUCAGCAGCCAAGUGCAACAGUUAAAGUAACAUCUACUAUUGAUGGAAAAAACAUAGUCAGGAGCAAGUCAGCUACGCUUUUGUAUGAUCAACCAUUGCAAGUAUUUACUGGUUCUUCUUCAUCUUCUGAUUUAAUAGCAGGUACAAAGGCAGUUUUCAAGUUUGAUUCAAAUUAUAAUCCUGAAGAACCAAAUAUAAUAAGAGGCCCCACAACAAGUGGCCCACAGUCCACGCCUCAAAUAUAUGGUCCUCCACAGUAUAAUAUCCAGUACAGUAGCAGUGCUACAGUCAAGGACACUUUGUGGCACUCCAAACAAAAUCCCCAAGUAGACCAUGUCAGUUUUCCUCUGCAGCGCUUUCCUAGAUCAGAGAGUACAGAAAAUCACAGUUAUGCUAAACAUUCUGCCAAUAUGAAUUUCUCUAAUCAUAACAAUGUUCGAGCUAAUACUGGAUACCAUUUACAUCAGAGACUUGGUCCAGGAAGACAUGGGGAAAUGUGGGCCAUCUCACCAAAUGACCGACUCAUUCCUGGAGCAUCGCGAACUACGAUUCAGCGACAGAGUAGUGUGUCCUCUACAGCCUCUGUAAAUCUUGGUGAGCCAGGUCCCACGAGGCGGGCCCAAGUUCCUGAAGGAGAUUAUUUAUCAUACAGAGAGUUACAUUCAGUGGGAAGAACUCCUCCAAUAAUGUCAGGAUCACAGAGACCUCUUUCUGCACGAACAUACAGCAUUGAUGGUCCAAAUGCAUCAAGGCCUCAGAGUGCUCGACCCUCUGUUAGUGAAAUACCAGAGAGAACUAUGUCAGUUAGUGAUUUCAAUUAUUCACGGACUAGUCCUUCAAAAAGACCAAAUGCAAGGGUUGGUUCUGAACAUUCAUUAUUAGAUCCUCCAGGAAAAAGUAAAGUUCCUCACGAUUGGCGAGAACAAGUACUACGACACAUUGAGGCCAAAAAGUUAGAAAAGAGCAUGCUGUCAAGGUCCUUUAAUUCCAAUUUUACUGCUGUAAGCCACUGUCACUAUGGCAGCUCUAGGGAUCUGCAUGGCAGCCAAGGCAGUCUUGCCUUGAGUAUUGCAGACGGAAGAGAUUCUGGUGGGCACAUUUUUCGACAUCCCCAGACAUCCUGUGCAGGAGAUCCUUGUCAAGAUGAUAUAUUCAUUUCAGGACAGCAGAACUACCCGUCAGCUACACUUAGUCACAAAGAUGUUCUUCCAGACAGCUUGAUGAAAAUGCCUUUGAGUAAUGGACAGAUGGGCCAGCCUCUCAGGCCUCAGGCAAAUUAUAGUCAAAUACAUCACCCCCUUCCUCAGGCAUCUGUGGCAAGGCAUCCCUCUAGAGAACAACUAAUUGAUUACUUGAUGCUGAAAGUGGCCCACCAGCCUCCAUACACACAGCCCCAUUGUUCUCCUAGACAAGGCCAUGAACUGGCAAGGCAAGAGAUUCGAGUGAGAGUUGACAAGGAUCCAGAACUUGGAUUUAGCAUAUCAGGAGGGGUUGGGGGAAGAGGAAACCCAUUCAGACCUGAUGACGAUGGUAUAUUUGUAACAAGGGUACAGCCUGAAGGGCCAGCAUCAAAAUUACUGCAACCAGGUGAUAAAAUUAUUCAGGCUAAUGGCUACAGUUUUAUCAAUAUUGAACAUGGACAAGCAGUGUCCUUGCUAAAAACUUUCCAGAACACAGUAGAACUCAUCAUUGUACGAGAGGUUUCCUCAUAAGAGCUGUGGACUAAAAAAUGGAGAGACAGCAAGAUUUAUUGGAAGAUACUUGCAGGGGAAAUUAAUAUUUUGACUAUUUUUAUAUAUAAAGAACUCAAAUAUGUUCAAAUUUGUACAUUAAUGAAAUAAUGGAAUUUGUGGUUAGAGGGAAAGAACCACUGUACAGUAUAUAGGGGAGACUGUUGAAUUCAUACCAUAUAAAACUUUUAGGUUUUUAAACAUAGCAGUCAAGGCUACAAAAACAAAUGUAUGUUGUUUUUGUAUAGAGUGUAGGUUUAUUUUUGGAUUUCAUACACAUGAUUGAACUCUGUGCAAGGCUCUAGUUAGCCUUGAUUGUAGCCCAGAGACAGAUGGCAGAGCUAUCUAUCUCAUAGCUUUUAUGCCCUUAUUUUUAUUCAACUGGUAUUAAUGUUUUUCUGCUGAAACUUUUUUUUUAAUGUGGGCAAGAGAUUCAAAGUGUUGGCUUUUGCUAUGUGCAUAUUGAAUUGAAGAAUGAGUAGGUGAAGGUGGUGCUGGUGGGUUCACUUUCCAAGGCCAGAUUAAAACAGUUAUUUCCUAUAAAAAUCUGGAAGCAAAGAAUGAAAAAAAAACAGCUGUUAAUGUGUUUUUAUUAAUAGAAUAAUGCAAUAAAAAUGUGAUGUCUUUUUAAAGAAAUAAAAAAGACAAUAAUUGCAUUUUAUGAGCUCUUCAGGAUCUGUUCUUGUCAUAGCCAUUACUCUACAUCUGCUACUAGUGAAUCAAGUUUCAAUUUUUUAGUCACAGGAAAUUUUUAACUCUUCUGUAGAUGCAUGUCCAUGCAUUUUCUUUCCUUUUUGUUUUUUUUUUUUUUGGUCCAUGCAUUUUCCGUGACGCAGAAAUUCCUUGAUUUUUUGCAAAUGGUGGUACUUGCAAUUUGUUUUGUAAUUAGUACUCCAUUUUAAUCUUAAUUUAUAAUUUUUAUUUUAAGCAACAAAUGAAACUGAAAUGGCCAGUUUUAAGAUUGUGUUGCUGUAACACAAAAUGUAAGAAGAUUUAGGAAAGCCUCUUGAUUUUGUUUGGCCUCAACAUUGCCUUGGUAAAGUAAAAGGAAACAGUACGCAUGGAGCUAGGAAACCAAAGCAAGUUUGUGAAACUGGCACAGUGAUAGAGAAUUGCUGUGGAGAGUUGUAGAGCAAAGGGAUGGGUCCUUGAGGCCUACCAGUGUGUAAUGGUGUUCAGAUAAAGGGCUGUUCCUACAGGUAACAUUAAAUGUGAACUCGACACUUCAGAGUCUUUAAAGGGUUUCUAAGUGUAUCAGUGUAAUAGUGUUUUACCACCAACUGCCUUUGUUCCUCGUUAGUGUAACAAUUAUUUGAUAGAGGUUUAUUAAUUUUGUUCAAACCAUUAAUUUUAUUUGUUUUUGUUCUGUCUAUGUAAUCAAAUAAAAUUUGAGUGACAUGCAA